CAUAUUUCCUAGUAGCUGCAUUUUUUUCACUCGUGGAGAAAAAAAAAAUCUGUGGUUUAUCAUUAACUGAAAACCAAGGUAAAUAUUUCAGAUGAUAUGAGCUGCAGCUCUUGACGGAUGAGAGCUCGAUCAUGAUGGUUUAUUAUCGUUUAUACUGGACGCUGUGGAUGUUGUCUUGUUUUGGACAAUAUUUAUGCCAAGUUCUGCAGUUUUCUGCUCCGGCUAAUGGAGAAGUGGGAAAAAGCGUGAAGCUCGCCCCUGAUAACCCACCCUCCUCCACGUCCAUUCGAAGAACUGAAUGGUCUUUUACAUCAAAUCUUAUUAUUGCAGCAGAAUCUGGAGUAACUAAAAUAUACGAUGCAUAUAAAGGCAGAGUCGAGUUUGACAUUAACACUCAAUCUCUGGAGCUGCAGAAUCUGACACUGGGUGAUUCUGGAAAAUACGGACUCAGAGUAACAACUAAUGCUGAAGAUAUACUUAUAGGAGAAACUUCACUACAAGUGUUCGUGUGUGGAUUUGUUCUUUCUCUCGUUUACACAGAAAAAGUAUCUAAUGUCAGGCUUAUUGGUCCAAAAGAAUUAUUAAUAGAGGGCAAGUCAUCUGCUAACAUCACCUCUAUGGGAACUGACACCGUCAACUCUGUGGAGUGGAUUAAAGAUAACAGUCCUCUGUCUCCUAGCAACCGCAUCAUCUUCUCACCUGAUAACAGAUCAGUGUCCAUCAGUCCAGUGCAGAAAUCAGACAAUGGGGAAUAUCAGUGUACUUAUAGAAACCCUUUCAGCUCUGAAACGGCAAAACUCCCUCUAAUCAUCAACUAUGGACCAGAAGAUGUUUCUAUUAAGGGUCCGGAUGUGGUGGAUUUAGGGGUCAGUGUGUCUCUGUCUUGCUCUGCAAAUUCUAAACCUUUUGCCUCAUUCAGCUGGAGGUUUAAUGGAACAGACACCAAUGUGACCACAGACACUUUCACCAUAGCUGAGACUGACUUCACACACAGUGGAGAUUACGAAUGCACUGCCUCGAAUAAUGUCACAAAGAGAAGCAACUCACAAAGUCAUGCUUUACUAGUUAAAAUCGGUGGUGGUGGUGGUGGAGGAGGGGGACUGACAACAGGAGCGAUAGUUGGGAUUGUCAUUGGAGUUUUAUUGGCAGUUUCAGGCAUUUGUGGUCUGAUUGUCUAUUUAACAAAAACUAAGAAAAUCCCAAUGUUAAACAAAGAACAAAAAGGAAAAUCAAGUGGAGCAGCAGCUCCAGCACAAAGCAGACAAGAGCCUGAACCAAGUUAUGAAGAAAUCAUUGAUAUCCAGAAGACAAGAAGAGAUGGAGCAGUUCCUGUGAAGAGGAGUGAAUCUACUGUGUAUGAGAAUUUCAGUUAUGAAGAAAAUGAGUAUGAAAAUGUAAAGCAUUGAGUUUCAAAAACAGGCUAAGGGCUCCUUCACCUCAGACAAGGUUAAUAAUUUAAGUCCUAUUGUACAGCAUAAUAUAGAAAUGAAGACUGAAACAUUUCUUUCUUUCUUUCUUUCAAAAUGCAGGUCUACAUUAAAUCUAUGAAAACACACAGAAUCUUUCUUUACAUAGUCCUAGAUGUUUCCCAUCUUGUUUGUUUAUUUAUAAUUACUCUGGCUGAUCACAUUCACUGAACAGUUUAUCAGAAAUCAUCAGACACAUCCGCAUUCUUUCUUUCUUGGACUGGGAAAAUACAGAAACUGUGAUAGUGGGUGAUUAAAAACAGAGGUUUCAUUGUUGAGUAUUCACCUUUAGACCCGAGCACAAAGUCAUACAGGGGAAAGACAUGAGGAAGUGACAUGGUCAUAAAUAAGGGGUUUGGCUAAAUAAAUGUAUUGUUCAUUGUCUUUUUCAAAGAAUGCAAUAUAAAUACUGUCCUGUUAUUUUCAUUUUCUUUGCUCAAAAUAAAGAGUUUGUCUUGUUCAUUCCA